AUGUCGUCCCCUUCUUCCUCUCUGCGCAAGAGAGGCGGGAAGAAGGAUGGCUACACGGCUCUGCCUUCUAAUGAUGACCCCAGCCCUGCGGUUGUAGCUGUGGGCAAGAAGUCAGAAUGGGACUAUUGGCUGGCCAUGACCAUUCUCACCGUGUUGGCAUUUGCGACUCGUUUCUACCGUAUUGACUUCCCCAAUGAGGUCGUUUUUGAUGAGGUUCAUUUUGGAAAGUUUGCCUCUUACUAUCUACAACGCAUGUACUUCUUCGAUGUCCAUCCUCCGUUCGGCAAGCUGUUGUUCGCCUUCAUGGGCUGGUUGGUGGGAUACGAUGGCCACUUUUUCUUCGAGAACAUCGGCGAUUCGUAUAUUGAUAACAAUGUUCCUUACCUGUCGCUCCGCGCUAUGCCCGCUACCCUCGGUGCUCUGACCAUUCCCGUGGUCUUCCUGACCAUGUGGGAAUCCGGUUAUUCGUUGCCAGCAUGCGUGCUCGCCGCGGGCCUGAUGGUGUUUGACAAUGCCCAUGUGGGCGAGGACCGUCUGAUCCUCCUGGAUUCGACCCUCGUUUUGUCCAUGGCGCUCAGCAUUCUAUGCUAUGUCCGUUUCUAUAAGUUGCGCCACGAGCCGUUCGGUCGCAAGUGGUGGAAGUGGCUACUCUUGACUGGAUUUUGCCUGAGCUGCGUCAUCUCAACCAAAUAUGUUGGCGUCUUCACCUUCGUGACUAUUGGCUCUGCUGUUCUUAUUGACCUCUGGAACCUGCUGGAUAUCAACCGUCAGCAGGGCGCUCUUGACAUGGUCACCUGGAUCAAGCACUUUGUGGCUCGCGGAGUUGCUCUCGUUGUCAUUCCCUUCUUCUUCUACCUCUUCUGGUUCCAGGUUCACUUCGCGAUCCUGACUCGGUCCGGCCCUGGUGACGAAUUCAUGUCGCCCGAGUUCCAGGAGACCCUGAGUGACAAUGCAAUGACCGCCCAAUCGGUUGGUGUUCAGUACUUUGACAGUAUCACUAUGCGCCACAAGGACACCAAAGUUCUUCUCCACAGCCACUGGGAGAAGUAUCCACUUCGCUAUGAUGACGGCCGUAUUUCCAGCCAGGGCCAGCAGGUGACCGGUUACCCUCACAAUGACACCAACAACUUGUGGCAGAUCAUCCCAACAAAGCCCUUGGCAGAUGACGGUCUGCCCAAGAGUGUGCUGAACGGUGAUAUCAUCCAGCUCCUCCACGUCGGCACCGACAGCGUUCUUUUGACCCACGACGUCGCCUCGCCACACUACCCGACUAACCAGGAGUUCACCACUGUCUCCCGCGAGCUAGCGGAGGGCGAGCGUCACAACGACACCCUGUUUGAGCUCAAGAUCGAGAAUGGCAAGCCUGACCAGGAGUUCCGCACCUACGCCAGCUUGAUCAAGCUGAUCCAUGUCCCGACUCGGGUCGCCAUGUGGACACACACGACCCCUCUUCCCGAAUGGGGCUUCAAGCAAGCGGAGAUCAAUGGUAACAAGAACAUCUUGCAAUCCAGCAACUUGUGGUAUGCCGAGACUAUUGACGGCAUUGAGCCUGACAGCCCUCGUCUGGUGCGAGAGGAGCGUAAGGUUAAGUCGCUCUCUUUCCUGCGCAAGUACUUUGAGCUGCAGGGAGCGAUGUUCCAUCACAACAACGCUCUCACCAGUAGCCACCCCUACGCCACUGAGCCCUUCCAGUGGCCGUUCCUGCUACGCGGUGUCAGCUUUUGGACCAAGAAUGAGACCCGAGGCCAGAUCUACUUCCUGGGUAACCCCAUAGGCUGGUGGAUUGCGAGCAGUCUGCUGGCUGUGUUUGCGGGUAUUGUUGGUGCUGACCAGCUGUCGUUGCGCCGUGGUGUUGACGCGCUGGAGGAAAUCUGGGGUCCUGGUGCCCGUUCCCGUCUGUACAACAGCACGGGCUUCCUGUUCCUGUGCUGGGCUGCCCAUUACUUCCCCUUCUGGCUGAUGGGCCGCCAGCGUUUCCUGCACCAUUAUCUGCCGUCCCACCUGGCCUCGACCAUGGUGACUGGUGCACUGAUCGAGUUUAUCUUCAACCUCGAGCCCCUGGACCCUGCCACCGCCCUGCCGCCCGUGGAUGAUCCCACAGGCAAGGCCAAGGCUACCCGCCGCCCGCGCCGAUUCGUCACUGCGCGCGAGCGCAUGGGUCGCAAGUCGCUCCUGGCGGGCUGGGUGGCCACCCUGGUCAUUCUGGGUAUGACCAUCUGGGGCUUCUGUUUCUAUGCCCCGUUGACUUACGGCACCCCGGGCCUUGACGUCGAUGGCGUCAAUGCCCGCAAGUGGUUGAACUACGACCUCCACUUCGCCAAAUAA